AUGGCUCAGGAACGCGCUCCCCUCCGUCUCGGCUCCGUUGCCCCCAACUUCGAUGCUCAGACCUCUAACGGUCCCAUCACCUUCCAUGACUUCAUUGGUGACAGCUGGACCGUCCUCUUCUCCCACCCCGAUGACUUCACUCCCAUCUGUACCACCGAGCUCGGUGCUUUCGCCAAGCUCGAGCCCGAGUUCACUGCUCGUGGCGUCAAGAUGAUCGGUCUCAGCGCCAACGGUGUCGAAUCUCACCACGCCUGGAUCAAGGACAUUGACGAGGUCACCGGCUCCAAGCUUCAGUUUCCCAUCAUCUCCGACGCCGAGCGCAAGGUCGCCUACGCCUACGACAUGGUUGACUACCAGGACACUACCAACGUCGACGCCAAGGGUAUGGCUCUGACCAUCCGCUCUGUCUUCAUCAUCGACCCCAGCAAGAAGAUCCGUCUCAUCAUGUCCUACCCCGCCUCCACCGGCCGUAACACCGCUGAGGUCCUCCGUGUCAUUGAUGCCCUCCAGACCACCGACAAGCACGGUGUUACCUGCCCCAUCAACUGGCUCCCUGGUGACGACGUUGUCGUUCCUCCUCCGGUUUCCACUGAGGAUGCUGAGAAGAAGUUCGGUGAAGUCCGCACUGUUAAGCCUUACCUGCGCUUCACCAACAUCAAGAAGGAGUAA